GGUAGAUGAAAUACUGGUAAAGAAAUUCGUUUCUUCAAAAAUGAUACAAGUCCCAGACAUUUUACUAUUUUCUUGUUGGUUUCCUUCUCGUCCAGUCUAACGCUCCAGAUCUGCUCACCGGCCGGCCGGCAAAGCUUAAACCAGUUUCCGCAUUCAUCACAUUGGCAUCUAUCCGAGCGAGAUCUGAUUUGAACCGGAAUGGCGUCGGUGAUGAAGGAUCCGUCAGAUUCCGUCCCAGGAAGCAAUGGCGUAUCCGAGAAGAAUGCCUUCAAGAUCUUCAUAGGGUACGACCCACGCGAGGACACGGCGUUUGAGGUAUGUCGGCAUUCUCUGCAGAAGAGAUCUUCGAUCCCCAUCGAAGUGCACGCGAUCAAGCAAUCCGAGCUGAGGGAAAAAGGGCUGUACUGGAGGGAGAGAGGCAAAUUGGAGAGCACCGAAUUCUCAUUCACCCGUUUCUUGACCCCGCACCUAUCAGGCUACCAAGGUUGGGCCAUGUUUGUUGAUUGCGAUUUCCUCUACUUAGGCGACAUUAAGGAAUUGAGAGAAAUGGUGGACGAUAGGUACGCCGUGAUGUGUGUGAAACACGAUUAUGCCCCCAAAGAGACGACCAAAAUGGAUGGGGCCGUCCAGACGGUUUACCCAAGGAAGAACUGGUCGUCCAUGGUUCUCUACAACUGCGGGCACCCAAAGAACAAGGUGCUCACCCCUGAGGUUGUGAAUUCUGAGUCUGGAGCGUUUCUUCACAGGUUCAUGUGGUUGGAGGAUCAUGAGAUUGGGAGUGUCCCCUUCGUUUGGAACUUCCUUGUGGGCCACAACAGAGUUGUUGAGAGCAAACCUGAAACUUUCCCCAAGGCAAUUCAUUACACUCUUGGGGGUCCUUGGUUUGAGGCUUGGAAGGACUGCGAGUUUAGCGAUUUGUGGUUGAAGGAGUUGGAGGACUACUCCCAGACCACAAAGAGCAGCUAAAGAAGAAGAUGAAGAUGAAGAUUUCUACCCAGAAACCUUAACUCCCAACCACAGCUGGGUAUCCGUUUGGGUGGGUGGUCUCCAUUUCUUGUCAUUCAUAGGCAGGCAGGCCCAUAUACAGCACAAAACUUUCUGCUUUCUUUUAAUUACCAUAAUGUUCUUAUUCUCACUAUUACACGUUUACUCCAUUUAUAGAACUUGCAUGUUUACCAUUGAGGAUACAAGUGUGAUGUAUCAGUAGUUACUAGUUGGUGCCGUAUAUCGUUUCCCCCCCUUUUGUAUGUAAUAAGAAGUACUGUGUGAGGAAAUUGCUUGUUGUAUUGGAUUUUCCUUUGCAGUCAAAAAAACAAAAAAAAAUACUUUACAUUUUUCAUGUACAAUUUAACCUAGUUUGGCAAAACAUGUUUGUUUAUUUAAUCAAGUAUAUCAUCUCCAUGUAAGUUAUUACAUCUUUAUCUAUAGAAUAGGUUUUGAGUUAAUUAUGUCGAACAUACGUGUAGGAAUCUAUUUUGCCAGCAAUUUUUUUA